UGAGAGUCAUAAUAACUCGAUCGUUGAUUUCCAAAGAACGCUCUUCGAACAUCAUUAAUACGUGCAACAUGAUCUCGUGCCGUGUUUUCAUAAAUUAUCUAUCAGUUGCUUCAGUCAUCAUUUUAAAUGCACUUCUGAUAACAGCUGUGCAACCUGAGCUUAAAUUAGUAAAUGUGGUAUUUAGACAUGGUGAUCGAACACCCGAUAAUAAUGGUCGUGAAAUGUUUCCGAAGGAUCCAUAUAUAAAUUACUCUUUUUACCCAACAGGUCUUGGACAAUUGACUAUAGAGGGAAAAAGACGCGAACAUAGGUUGGGACAAAUCUUACGCUUUAGAUAUAAUGAUUUCCUAGGCAGUUUGUACAAGCCAAAACUCGUUGUAGCUCGUAGUUCGGAUUUCGAGAGGACAAAAAUGUCCUUACAACUUGUUCUUGCUGGCUUAUUUCCACCGAUAAGUGUUCAACGAUGGAAUUCUCAUUUAAAUUGGCAACCGAUUCCAACAUCGUACAUGCAACGUGUCGAUGACAACCUCAUCUUGACCGACGAAUGUCCCCAAUAUCUCAAUGAGUAUAACCGAGUAUUGAUUUUGCCUGAAGUGCAAGCAAAGAUAUAUCAAUUCAACGAUUUAAUGAGCAAUUUGACAAAGCUAACUGGCAAGAAAAUGCAGACGCUUUUUGAUUUGUAUUUUCUUUAUCACACUUUUGUUGCGGAGUCUUCCUUAGGGUUGCCGCUUGCCGAGUGGGCAUAUGAUUAUUUCCCUUAUGGCCCGUUAUUCGACGCAAUCGUGGCGCAAUACGAUAUUAGUAGUUUUACUCCUUUAUUAAGGAGACUAUUUGCUGGUCCUCUCAUCCGUGCCAUGACGGACAAUAUGAUCGCUGCGCAAAAUAUGAAUUCAGACACGAAGAUUUAUUUAUACAGUGGUCAUGAGACUAACAUUGCGAGUUUAUUACAAGCUUUCGGCGUGUAUGAGCCACAUGUACCCGAGUAUUCUAGCGCGAUUAUUAUGGAACUGCAAGAGAUUAAUCAAGAGUUUUAUGUCAAACUGCUGUAUUAUCAAGGCAUCCCCCCCACCAUCAAGGAAUUGCAAAUCCCAGGUUGCGAUGUGCUUUGUCCUUUUGACAAGUACUUGGACUUAAUUGAAGAUCUAAUUCCGUCCGACGAUGAGAUGAUUUGCGACAAAAGGCAGACACCAGAUUUUGCCAACAUAGAAUAUCCCGCCGGUUUGCAAAAAGUCAUGUACGAUUUAAUUAAGUCAUCAGGAAUAAAUAGAAAUGUAUAAAUAAUGCAUGCUGAUAUCAAGUGUAAGAUAAAAGUGUAAGAUAAAAACAUCGUAAACAUAAAAAUAUAGUUAAAUUAGUUACAUUUUUUAUCAUAAUAUAUCGCAAUUAAGUUAUCGUUUA